AUGUCACACUCAUGUUGGGUAUGCAAUGGUGGUACUGCACUUCUUGAUUUUGAUCUUGGCUACCAUAUGGGCAUUCGAGACAAUGGUGGUGGUGAGUUUCUCACGAGUUGCUUCAUUGGAGGUUUGAUGACAGAUCUUCGCCAGGACUUACAUGACCCUUGGGUUAAAGACACCUUCACAUGGGGAGUAACAACUCUUCAAACUAAGGGAUGCAUUGUUUGGGGUGAUAACUCUUCAGACCAAGGGAUGUAUUGUUUGCCUUUUCAGAUUGGGAUACCUUUUUGGAAAGGUGCUUCUUUCAUAAGGAGGGGAGUCGUUGUAUCCUGGGAGGCGAACGCUAGUGAACCAUAA